GUCGUCUGGCAGUACUAAGUUAUCGAUAAAAAAGAUUUUAAUAAUCCCUCACUCCUAUCACUAAUUUCUGUUUUCCUUCUUUUCUCACUUGUAAGGCAAAGUGCACAGAAUGGCGGCGCAUAAAUCUUUCAGGAUUAAACAAAAGCUUGCUAAGAAGCUGAAGCAGAACCGUUCGGUUCCUCAGUGGAUACGUUUACGUACUGGAAAUACAAUUAGAUACAAUGCAAAGAGACGCCACUGGAGACGCACAAAGUUGAAGCUGUAAAUGAAUCUUUAUCAGGUGUUUGCGAUAACGCAUCAUACUAUAUAAAUUCAAUAAAAGUUCAUUAAAAAAACGAAUAAUUUGUGAGAUAUAUUUGAGUAUUUUAAAUAUAGUUCCCGAAGUGUGUAGAAUAGACAAUUGUGCAAAAAUACAUAGUUGCUAAUGCUGAUCGGAAAAAUAAGAUGCAUUAUUCAGUUAAUAAAAAUGUACUAAUGCUUCCUCA